AUGCCCCUUGGUCAAGGUGUCAGUCGCUCCUCUACCAUAGGAAAUGGCUUGAAAGUGAAAGUCUACAGCUUUCGAAGACGCUUGAGCUACUUUCGUGUGAUUGAACACGAAGUGCGCGCCCAACACACGCGCCACUGGCCGAGGGGCACCGAGGUUGGCUAUGAAAAUGCCUUGAAGCUCUCUGUCAAACAAUAUAUCCCCCAUGAACAAAAGAAUCCGGCACCCGGCGAUAUCACCUUUAUUGCCGCACAUGCCAAUGGCUUCCCCAAGGAGCUAUAUGAACCUCUGUUUGAUGACAUCUAUACCAAAAUAAGAUCUUUGGGAAGAGACAUCCGGGCAAUAUGGAUUGCCGACCUCGCUCACCAGGGCAAGAGCUAUAUUCUCAAUGAAAGAGCUUUGGGCAAUGACCCAAACUGGUGGGAUGGUGCCAGAGACCUUCUUUUUCUGAUCAACCAAAAGCAAGAUGAGUUGCCUCAACCACUAAUAGGGAUUGGGCAUAGCAUGGGAGCAUCGCAACUGACGCAGCUUUCACUUCUCCAUCCAAGGCUAUUGCAAGCUCUGAUUCUCAUCGAUCCGGUUAUCCAAACAGAGAAUCCCAGCAAAACAUUCGCUAAACCUUCCACCUAUCGUCGAGAUAUCUGGCCAUCCCGUCAAGAAGCCCGAGCAAAGUUCGCGAGCAGCAAGUUCUACCAGGCCUGGGAUCCACGGGUAUUUGAGAAAUGGGUGCAAUAUGGUCUCCGGGAUCUACCCACGGAGCUCUAUCCGGAAAAAAAUGAGAGCAAAGAGCCGCGCGUGACGUUAGCCACCCCCAAGUCUCAAGAGGUCUUUUCUUAUCUGAGACCAAAAUACACCGGUACUCCGGGUAUUGCACCUGAAAAGGAUCGGGCCGUGUAUGGGGAUAUGUAUCCGGAGGAUGUGGAGGAGGGGUAUCCUUUCUAUCGCCCUGAGCCCGCCGAAAUAUUCCGGCGGCUUCCCGAGCUGAGACCACCUGUUUUGUAUAUAUUCGGAGACCAGUCUGAGCUCGCCACACCACAGCUAAGGAGGAAAAAGAUGGUAAGUACUGGUAUCGGCGUGGGCGGGAGCGGAGGGCAGGCUGAAGGCCGAGUGAAAGAGGUUGUUUUGGCAGACUGUGGUCACUUGGUCCCUAUGUUGAAGGUCGAAGAGUGUGCCAAUGCCGCAGCUUCAUUUGCAAUUGCCGAAGUGACUCGCUGGGAGCAGACGAUCAACGAAUGGCAGCGGCGUUGGCUCCAAAAACCUAGAAGUGAGAGGAUCGGUAUUGACGAAGAGUGGAAAAGGAUGAUUGGUCCAAGGGACGCUCGUCCAUCCGAUAAAGAACCUCGAUAG